AGUGGACGCGCACAGAGGGGCACCGUUCUCCUAAUGUGCGUUAUCAACAGAGAGAGUCGAAGGGGAGGCGAGUAAAUAUGUAGAAAUAGUAUGACACGCCACCGACGGCCGCGUAUACCGAGUUUUAGCAUCUUCUGCGGAUCUAAACAUCUGUACUGCCGCGUAGUUUGUUAAAAGGGAGGGAUUAUGGGGAACGAGGCGAGCGUGGAAGGCGGCGAAGGGGGUCUUGCUGGACUACCAGCGGGGCUUGCACCUGACGGGAAGGGUGGCUUCAUCCAGAUGCCUGCAGGGGAAGAGGCGGAUCUCAGCCAUUUGAGCGAGGAGGAGAGGAAGGAUAUCGUAGCCGCUAUGGCAAAAUCUCAGUCCAGGCCAUCAGUGCCUCAGCCUUCUGGAGGACGAGGUCCAGCAGGGCUCAGUAAGAGUCGAACUGUAGACGCAUUUGGCGAGGGUCCACCACCCAAGCCAAAGCCUGGCCGCAGUCCCUCGUCCCUCAGCCUCCUCGAGUCUCGCUUCAGGCAGGAGCCCAAAGGCCCCGAGCAAUCCCAUACUGGCAUGUUCUCCUCUUCAUUCCUGAGUGGGGUCACCUCAGCUGUCUCCUCAGCCAGUACCAAAAAGUUCAGCCUUUUUGGUAACGAUGAAGAAGACAAACCCAAGCCCAGCUCUCAGCAGAGCUCGCCUAAAGGACAACCGAAGCAGGCAGCUCCACCACACGGGUCUGCAGGAAAGCCUGCUAGUCCCGGGCCUGGAAGCCCGAGUAAAGUUAGCCCUCCCCCACCGAAGGCUGGAGGAGCAUUUUGUCCUCUUUGUAAUACCACUGAGCUCAACUUGCAGGCCAAAGACCAGCCACCCAACUACAACACCUGCACAGGGUGCAAACAGCAGGUGUGCAAUCUGUGUGGCUUCAGCCCUCCUGACUCGUCGGGUAAGGAAUGGCUAUGUCUGAACUGCCAAAUGCAGCGGACGCUAGGAAACAUGGAACCGUCUGCUGCAAGUCCAAAGGGCAGCCCCCAGAUCUCUCCUUCAAAAACCAAGCAAGAUGGGGGUGGCUUUUUUGGGGGAUUCAGUCUUGGCGGGUUGACCGACACAGCAAAAGCCCCUAUAGCAGAGGCAGUCACAGGGAAGUUCUUUAGCGGUUUUGGCAGCUCAUCUAAACCUCAGGGUGGCACUCCAACACAGACCACUGAAUCAGUGACUGGGAAGCUCUUCGGUGGGUUCAGUGGGCAAACCGAACCAGCCAAGCCAUCCACGGCUGCUUCUCCACCACCUGAGGCUGUUUCGGGGAAGAUAUUUGGGUUCGGCUCUUCAUUCCUUAGCUCAGCCACGAGCCUCCUCACUGGGGAGGAGCCAAAGUCUCCCACUGACUCUAUUUCCAACUCCUCUCCAGGAUCGCCUGCAGACUCACAACGUAGUACCCCGAUUGCCUUUUCCAAAGCGCCAGCCUCUCCCAAAUCUCAAGUCCCUGACCCAAAUGCCCCAAAAGAUAAACCCACCACAGAGCCUGAAAAGGCAGCUCCAGGUUCAGUGACUCAGUCCAACUGUCCACUUUGUAAAGAGGAACUGAACAUUGGUUCAGGAGCUGCACCCAAUUACUCUGUCUGUACAGACUGCAAGAAGACUGUGUGUAACCAGUGUGGUUUCAACCCUAUGCCACAUGUCUCAGAGAACGAAUGGCUAUGCCUGAACUGCCAGACACAAAGGACUCUCUCUGGAAAACUUGGGGAUAUGCCACUUCCACCUUCCCCAAAGCUGCCAGCUAAAUCCCAACCUACCCCCCCACCUUCCCCAGACCCAACUGCCUCCUCUACCCCUGCAUCACCUACUCCCACUGCCAAAGCACCCACACCAACCCCCGAUGUAACUCAGGCCCCAGCUACCACAGACGAUGCUAAACCUGUAGUAGAGUCAGCUGCAGUGCAACAGGAUGGGGAAAAUGCAGUACUGGAGAGCACAGAGAAAAAAGGUGAACUAUUAGAGCAACCUGGUGGCAAAGAGGAAGCCAGUGAAGCAUGCAGUCCCACCAGCCCUUCAGAUAUAGCUAAGUUGGAAAAUACUGUACUUCCAAUACUAGAGGCAAAGACAGCAUCCUCUAACGAUGAGAAACAAAUCGACACUGUGAACACUGAGAGUCUCCCAGAGUCUCCAAAAAUCAGCACAGAGCAGGGCAAACAUGAAGAGAAGCUAGAAAUCCCAACAGACCUUGAAGGAAAGAUUUUGGAGAACAGCAGUGAGGGAGAGCCUUCACCUCAAAAGAAUGUAGGCAGGCAGAGCCCAGGUGCUGCAGAUGAAGAGUCGAUCCGUAAGCAGAUUAUGGAAAUGAGUGCUGAUGAGGUUUCAUCACCAUCCAUUGAACAGAAGGAACCUAACCUCGAAAUAUCUGUGGCAGACAAUGGAACCGGUAUCCGUCAUUUCAAAACAAUCGAACUCAACAGUGUGGCCACUGUUAAACCAACUUCAGAUGAUGGUGAACCAGAGAGCCUUACAGAUUCCCCUGAUGACAGAUCCAGAGGUGAAGGCUCUUCAAGCUUGCAUGCUUCCAGCUUUACUCCAGGGACAUCUCCAACAUCGCUGUCUUCUCUUGAUGAAGACAGUGAUAGCAGCAGCCCAAGCCAUAUUCGGUCCAGUGGUGAGGGGAAGCAGCACAGAAAAGCCAAGCACCGGCAGCCAGGCCAGAUGCUACCCACCAUUGAAGAUUCAUCUGAAGAAGAAGAGCUCCGUGAGGAGGAAGAGCUCCUGAAAGAGCAGGAGAAGCAGAAGAUCUCUGGAAAAAAAUCUAAGAAGGAUAAAGAGGAGAUACGAGCACAGAGAAGGAGGGAGAGGCCAAAAACUCCACCAAGCAAUCUCUCACCAAUUGAAGAUGCUUCUCCAACAGAGGAGCUACGGCAAGAAGCAGAGAUGGAGGAAUUCCGAAGAUCCUCCUGUUCAGAUUUCUCCCCAAGCAUGGAAUCAGAACCAGAAGGAUUUGAAAUUCUUCCAGAGAAGAUUGCUGCUGUACAAGAAGGAUAUCAGCUGCCAACAUCAGUCUCUUUAUAUUCUCCAACAGAUGAGCAAAAUACUGAUAACCAAUCCAAAGAAACAAAGGAAAAACAACCUGAAAAAACAGCAGAUGAAGCCUAUGAAGAAAUAAUGCUAAGGGCAAAAUCAACGACAGAAAAAAAUGACCAAGAAGCAAAAACACUAAGCUCUCCUGAUGAAGUCUAUGAAGACAUACUGCAGAGCAAGAAAGAGCAAAAUCUUAAAGAGGAUCACACCAUGGAUGAAAUUCCCAAACCAGAUAUCAUUCCUCCCCUAAAUGACCCAAAAGUAGAGUCCAUCAGUACAAGCAUCUCUGGACAGCUCGGCAAGGAUGGAAAACCAUUAUUGAAUGCUGAGGAAGCUUAUGAAGAACUUAUGAAAAAACAAAAAAGUGUUCUGACACCGGGUACAAGUCCAACCCAAUCAAUCUCUGAUUUGAAUAACACAGCAAAAGAAAUAAAAGAAACAUCUGCCACCAAACUAGAGAAUGCUCCUCAAGAAAGAGUUCGACCUGUUAUACCUGAUCUUACAGUGACACAGUGUUCCUCAGGUGAAGAGGAAUCUGGAGAGGAAAGCAUUUUAAGUCAAAAACUGGGUACUGCAUCAACAUCAACACAUACUCCAGUGGCUGAGGCAAAGGAAAUACCAGCUGCUGUUACCAGAUCUACUACUGAUGUUGUUGACUUGUCAAAGUCUUCAGAGUUUACUCAAGUAGAUGAUUCCCCUACUCCAGUUCCUAGCAUAGCUUCUAGACCUUCUGUUCCAGUAUCACCUUUACCCACUGUACCACAGUACACUCCAACAGUACCUAGCAUAGUAUCAGCUGCCCCUCCUGUCCCUCCCAAGCCAACAGUUCUACGCAGAGCUCAGGAAACAGCAGACAUUCCCACUCCCCCACCUCUACCACCCGCUACUCUACCCAAGCCUGUUGUUUAUCCCAAAAUUAUUCCACCUCAUUUUCCCCAAAGAACAGUUCCUGUUGGAAUGCCAGCAACAGCCCCUAGUACACAGAUUAGACAACCUGUAGCUUUAUUAUACAAACCCCACAUUCCUCCUCCUGUGCCUCCAAAGCCAUCCUCCAUACCUGCAGGCCUGACAUUCAGUCACAGAAUAGGAGAGACUAUCAAACCGCCCAUAGCUCCAAAACCCAUAACAAGUGCCCAGCCACCUUCUUCUUAUGCUCCAACAAGACCAAACAUACUCCCCACAGGCUCCAUACACGGAGCUCUGAAUCUGAGUCAUUCAGCUGAGAAUAAAUCAGGGGCUACAUCACCCAUUAAGUCCCCCACAUCCCCAAGGUUUGGCAAGUCUUUACAUGACACUUAUGUAGUAAUUACUCUGCCAUCCCAACCUGGUUCACCAGUAGAUGGUGUGACAUCCCAAGCCCUUAUAAGUUUUGGUCCCACGUCCCCUAGGGUACCAUUAACAUUCACACACUUUACAGAAACCGUAGACAGCCCAGAAAUAUCAGGUCCAGGGCAAGUAGUCAUUCCAAAUAUUGGUGUCCAGGUAGUUCAAAGAACAACAGUGUCUGUUGUGCAAGAAAAAACACCACCACCAUCUCCCACUGGGAGAAGUGUCCCUGAACAUCUGAGAUCACAACCAGUACAAGAACAUAAUGGGGUUCCCUGUCAUUCUGGUGAGGUUGUUGAUCUACGCACUCCAAAAGUGGAUGCUGAAACUGUUACAAAAGGUAUGGAUCUGUCAUCCUCUGAGUCACGACAGCAUUGCUUCCUUGCUGGUGUGAGUGGGCGACAGCACAGUGCUAUUCAGUCAUCUGUAAUGAACCUAAGCAUUGAUAGUUCUUCAGUACCUGUGGUAACUGAUGAAAUAACCAUCCUCAAUUGUACAGAUACUAUGGCCUACAGGAACAAUGAUCUUUCCCAAGCUACCUCAAUGCCUUUCCCACUUGCAACAGCUUUUGAGCCUGUUUCCCAAAUUAUUUACCAUCCUGUUGGUUCUCAACCAGAAAAGCCAAUCAAUCUUUCCACAGCUGGGGGUAAAACUCACCCUGUUCCUGUGACAAUAGCACCCACAGUUGCAAGGAAUGGCAUUAGCACAAUUCCACCUUGGCCAGAAACUCGCGUAUGUGGUGCAGUUGAUCUCACUACUGUAAAGCCUGUUCAAACCAUGGUCUCUGUAGAUGGGUCCACUUCAGAGGCAGUUACAGCAGUGAUGACUGAAGAUGAGGGUAAACCAGUAGACCUGACAGCAGGAAGACGAGCAGUCUGUUGUGAUGUAGUCUAUAAGCUUCCAUUUGCAGGUAGCUGUGCCACAACUCAGCAGCCCUCAGCUCCAUUGCCAGAGGACCGCUUUGGCUAUAGAGAUGAUCACUACCAGUAUGAUCGCUCUCCCUAUGGCAUGAGAGGACUUGGUGGAAUCAAGCCCUCAAUGUCUGACACUAAUUUGGCUGAGGCCAGUCUCUUCCUGUACAAGAGUAAAAAUAGUUAUGAUUACAACGGGGCAAUGGAGGGUGCUGUAGACCUAACCUCUGGUCUGCACAGGACACACUGUGCAGUGGCAGGUGAAGCUGUGGACUACUCAAGCAAAGCUACAGCAGUCCCACAUUACUCCCAGGCCAGAAUAACAUCUGCUGUUGGAACUCACUUUGGAGUUUCUAGUGUCCUGAGAUCUUCAAACGGUGUGGUUUACUCCUCUGUAGCAGCACCAGUUCCUUCUACAUAUGCUAUAACUACCCAACCUGGAUCUAUCUUCAGUACAACAUACAACACUCUCUCAGGCAUGCAUACUAGUGACACAAUGCCAUCACUGUCAAAUCUGCAGAAUCAGCCUCUCACUAGAUCACAGAGUUUCCUUUCCAUGAUUGAUGUGAAUACAGCAGCCGAUCAGUGCAUCAUGCCCUUGAACCUGGAGACAGGUCUCUCCGAGAAUAUAUUUUCUGCAGGUCUCUCAGAAGUAGUUCCUACAAUAACCACAGUAGCAGCACUGGACUACACAGAUGCCUCAUUGGAGGCAAUUGCAGCUUCACUAGAGGCUUUGUCCUCACCCAUGGUUCCAGGUGAUGAACAGUAUCAGAUGGAGCGUGAGCGUCUGGAGCUAGAGAAGAUAAAACAGCAGCGUGUUGCUGAAGAGCUAGAAUGGGAGAGGCAAGAGAUCCAGCGCUUCCGGGAGCAGGAGCAACUCAUGGUACAGAAAGAGCUUGAAGAGCUACAGGCUAUGAAGCAGCAGCUCCUGUGCCAGCAGGAGGAAGAAAGGCAAGCGCACCUCAUGAUGCAAAAAGAAACAUAUGCUCAGCAACAGGAGCAGUUGGAACAGAUUCAGAGGCUCCAAGAGCAGCUCAGACAGCAGCUGGAGGAUCAGAAAUACAGCCAAAUGUAUCCAGAUGAGACCUAUGAGCACUCACACAUCCUUGUGAUGGGGACAGACAGAAGGAUGGACAGUGGGUGUCAAACUGAUGAAGAGGAUAAUACAGAUAGCACCUACUCUGCUAGCAGGAAAAAGAAGAGUGCCAAGAAAAGUGUAGACAGUUGUGUGCAGACAGAUGAUGAAGACCAGGAUGAGUGGGAAGGUCCUGCUCGAGGUAGACGUAGUAGGCCACGAGUUUGUAAAUACAGCUCAAGUGAGAAAAGUGGAGUUUCAGUGCAGGCUCUCACAGAAAUCUCUGUACAAACAGAUUCAUCAGGAACACACACUGUACAGCUGGACACUAGGGUUGAUUAUCCUAAUUCUGACAGAACUAAGAUUCGCCCUACCCCAUUAGACAUAAAUCAGUCUCUUAAAGCAGACACCUCCACUCUAAAGGUUGAUCCAGCUCCCCCAAAAUCCCCCAAAGUCCUCUACUCACCAAUAUCUCCUUGUAUGUCCCCUAGUAAAUCCCUUGAGUUUGUGUCCUAUGAGAAAUCUCUUGGGGACACCAGCCCACAGAAAAUACAUGCUACAGACCCAUCUAGAGUCCCUCCUAGUAGUCCCAGGGCACCCAAAGUCAUUCAGAGGUCUAUGUCUGACCCCAAACCUAUGAGCCCAACUACAGAAGAGAGAGCAGCAACCAGUUUCCAGUAUUCAGAGGGUUACUCUGGUAAAGUAUCUCCAAGUGGCACUCCCUCUGGCACACAAAAGAAAGUGAAGAGGACCCUUCCUAACCCACCUUCAGAAGAGGAGGCUGCCAACACUAGUCAAGCAGCAUACAGCACUGCCUCUGCUCGCCGCCGUCUCUGCCGAAGCUCCAACAUGGCAAGGGCAAAAAUCUUGCAGGACAUUGACCGCGAACUGGACCUUGUAGAACGAGAAUCCUCUAAACUUCGCAAAAAACAAGCUGAAUUGGAUGAAGAAGAGAAAGAGAUUGAUGCCAAGCUGCGAUAUCUGGAGAUGGGCAUCAACAGAAGGAAAGAGGCCUUACUUAAGGAAAGAGAGAAGAGGGAAAGGGCAUAUCUCCAAAGUGUUGCAGAGGAUCGUGACUACAUGUCUGAUAGUGAGGUGAACAACAUUCGUGAAACAAGGAGGGGUGGGGGUGGAGAGGAAGUGGUGGGUGGGCAUGGACUUGAGAGACCACGCACAGCUCCACUGUCAGAAUUAGAUGAGUUUGUUCCGCCACAGACCAAACACGAGUAUGGCAAGUACUCCCAGUUCCAAUACCCACAGUACCAGCAGUCCCUGUACCAGUCUCAACAGCCCUACCAGUCUCAGUCUAUCUACUCUUCUGUGCCCUCUCUGACUGCCUCACAGCAGCAAAGCUACCACCAGAUGCUGUUACUACAGCAGAAAGCCAGGCAACAAGCUGCUCUUCUGUCUGAACUAGAUGCCACCAAAGUGUCCACCAACUAUGACACCUCAUCAUAUCUGGGAGGGAAGUAUGGAAAUCAUCUUGACCUACGUAGUCUGGAAGACCGUGGAGGCAGUAUGGCAGGAAGUCCAAUGUCCAGUGUGUCAGCAGACUCUUUCUAUGCUGACUUGGACCAACAUCACCAGACACCCAGAAAUUACCUCCUCUUAGAGGAUGCAGCCGACAUUGCCAAGAGCACGACUGGCCUUGCGUCAACAACUUAUGGAAUUGCUGAGAGAGAACUGGCAAAAGCAGAGCGCCUACUGAGACGCACAGCUGCAGAUGUGGGCACAGAUUAUCUUGGCACUUCUUCCAGGCUUCAUUCCUAUGGAAAGACCCAAGAUGAUGAGGACCCAAUGGAAGAACCAUACGAGCUGAAGCUCCUUAAACAACAAUUGAAGCAAGAGUUCAGGAGGAGCACAGGGGGCACUGAGAGCUUAGAGCAGCUGGCUAGCCUUUCACAUCAUUAUACCUCUAAUACUGCUGUAACUAGUGGGGGCUAUAGGGCCUUUCCCAAGACAGAGAAGUACAGCAUAAGUAGAUUAACCCUGGAGAAGCAAGCAGCAAAGCAGCUUCCAGCAUCUGUGCUUUACCAGAAACACAAAACCACCAGCAACAUUGGAAAAUAUUCCUCCAUCCAGGACAGUAGGGGCUUAGAGACGGACUAUAGCAGCUACUUGGGAUCCAGUGCUGCUUCCCCAAGGUCAAGCAGAUUACUACAAGAUGAGAUCACCUUUGGGCUUCGUAAGAACAUUGCAGAACAGCAGAAGUACCUGGGCUCUACACUAGGUGCAAAUUUAGCUGGUUCCCUCAACUUAAACACAGGUAUGAGGUCAUCCCUGGGAGAGGACUCAGUUUAUCCUAGUGGAAGCCGAUCUCGACCUUCUUCUAGACCUUCCUCUAUGUAUGGCCUGGACCUCUCCAUCAAAAGGGACACCUCUAGCACUUCUCUGAGGCUUAAAGGAGAGGGUGACCCCUCCUCAGAGACUUCAGCCUAUCAGACUCCAUCGGGUAGGACAAAGCCUACUAGCCUGCCUAUUGGCCAAGGGGGGCGGGGGCGAAUCCCUAUUGUGGCACAAAACUCUGAGGAAGAGAGUCCACUAAGUCCAGUGGGUCAGCCGAUGGGUAUGGCACGGGCAUCUGCAGGUCCGCUCCCGCCUAUAUCUGCCGACUCCCGUGACCAGUUUGGGUCAUGCCUCUCCCUUCAGGACCCCCAACAGCAGCAGCUUAGAGAGGACCCUUCCAGAGGGCGCAGUUACGUGCUCAUGGAUGACCUGCAGGGCACAAUGUCUGAUAGUGAAGCACUAAGUGACUCCCUGGUGGGUCUGAACAGAGACGAUCAAGGAAACACACAUGAGAAUGUCACAGACGCCUACCACCUGCGUCAGGAGGAGACUGACUGGUUUGACAAGCCACGAGAUGAUGGUCAUGUGCUGGACAUGAGACAGACAAAACCCCAGCACUACCAGUUUCCCUAUGUGAGAGUAAAAUUGCAGAGGGACCCUAAAGACCGCAGUGUAUCAGGGAAUGGAUUGGGCAUCCGGGUGGUGGGGGGUAAAGAGGUCCCAGGAAGCAGCGGAGAGAUCGGCGCAUAUGUGGCAAAAGUCUUACCUGGAGGAGCAGCAGAACAGACAGGAAAGAUUGUGGAAGGAAUGCAGGUUCUGGAAUGGAAUGGUAUUCCCCUGUCUAGUAAAACAUACGAGGAGGUUCAGGGAUUGGUCAUUCAACAAUGUGGAGAGGCAGAAAUAUGUGUCAGACUGGAUUUGAACAUGCUCUCAGACUCAGAGGACUCCCACCUGGACCUUCAUGAUCACACCAAAGCAGAGCGGAUCCCACGUUCGCCAGGCGUGGACCCCAAGCAGUUGGCUGCCGAACUGCAGAAGGUGUCUCAGCAGCAGGCACCAAGCUCCUCGGGCACCUCCCUCAUGCCACCGGACAAGGCCUUAGCGUCGGGCACCUCCAGCGCUGUGCCCAGCCCCGGGCAGCCUGGCUCGCCCUCCGUCACCAAGAAACGCCACAGCAAGACCUCAGAAGCUGCAAAAACCCAGUUGCACCCAAUCACUGGUGAGAUCCAGCUUCAAAUCAAUUAUGACAAGCAGCUGGGGAACCUCAUCGUUCAUGUUCUCCAAGCACGGAACCUGGCUCCUCGUGAAAAUAAUGGUUACUCUGACCCAUUUGUGAAAGUCUACCUGUUGCCUGGUAGAGGUCAGGUCAUGGUUGUGCAAAAUGCCAGCGCUGAGAACAAGAGAAGGUCUAAACAUGCCCAGAAGAGCUUGAACCCAGAGUGGAAUCAAACGGUCAUCUACAAAAACAUCCACCUGGAACAGCUGAGGAAGAAGACCUUGGAGGUCAGCGUGUGGGACUAUGACAAAUGUUCCUCCAAUGACUUCCUGGGAGAGGUGCUGAUAGACCUGUCCAACACGGCUCAGCUGGAUAACUUACCUCGCUGGCUGCAGCUGAAGGAGCAGAGCGAGGGGGAGCACCACCGCCGCUCGCACUCGGCCCAGGGCCGCCAGCACUCGACCAAACCGCCCUCCGGACACGUGUCCAAAACCUCAGGCCACGGCAGCCAGGACUCACCCAAAUCCUCCGUCAUUAAGAGCCGCAGCCAUGGCAUCUUCCCUGACCCAGGCAAGGACACGCAGGUUCCCACUAUUGAGAAAUCUCACAGUAGCCCCAGCACAUCGAAGCCAUCUCCUUCCGAGGGCCAAGCCCGUUCCCAUGGAACCCCUCGUGCUCAUGGCAAAAGUGGCGCGGUCCGGGCGCCCCUCGACGACACCAUGGCAACGGCUGAAGCUGCUGGCCAGCAGCACCGCCUCCAACCAACCAAAAAUGGCCGCCUCUCCACGAGGCACCACAGACACAGCGUAGCGGGUGUGCUCACCAUACAGAGAGCCCCGUCCAACGCGCCAUCCAAUGCGAUUGCUGACGGCCAUCACCUGACCCUCCGAAAAACCAUGUCGGAAGAGCGGCCGAAGCUGGAAGGAGUAUCCCGCAGCCAUAGAUCUGCUGAUGCUCCUGUUACUGCAGCCUCAUUGGACAGUGGUUUGAAUGGCAGUGCCUUCAGCCUGUUGGAAGAGGAGGAUGAGACCAAUGCAGUGGACAGUGCCAUAUUCCAAGUUCCUAGAUUUGGAAAAAUUCCAAAUGGCACAGAUGUAAUAAAGUCAUUACAUGGAGAUUCAGAAGGUAAAACCCAGGUGAUGGGGGAGAUAAAGAUUGCUCUGAAGAAAGAGAUAAAGACUGAGGGGGAGCACCUAGUCCUGGAGAUCCUACAGUGCAGAAACAUCACCUACAAAUUCAAGUCUCCUGACCACCUGCCAGACCUGUACGUGAAGCUCUAUAUUGUAAACAUAGCCACUCAGAAGAGGAUCAUUAAGAAGAAAACUAGGGUUUGUCGUCAUGACCGUGAGCCAUCCUUCAACGAGACCUUCCGCUUCUGCAUGAACCCCACUGGACAUUCCAUUCAGCUCUUCCUGGUCUCAAAUGGGGGCAAGUUUGUAAAGAAGACUCUGAUCGGUGAGGCUUAUGUGUGGCUGGACAAGGUGGACUUGCGUAAGCGAGUGGUCAGCUGGCACAAGCUGUUGGCCACCUCAGCCCAGAUCCACUCCUAGACGAAGCGGAAGGCAGAACUAGAGAGGGCGGACCAGGAACAGUAGUCUCACGUUCCCCAGCACGAUUUGUGACUCUCAAAGGACAAAGCUGAACAAGAGAAGCUGACAUGCAGAGGGCUUUACUCACAAGCAUUCAUCACACUGAGUGAGCAGCUUAAUUAUUGAAGGGUGGGGUGGUUGGAUAAGCAGUGCACUGUGCACAAGAGCAUUUCCUGCACUGACAUUGAAAACAUUGGGCUUUGGUAUAUCUUAAAACAAAGUGGAGGGAAUGAUGGAGGGGCCUAGUGAGGGCAGAGGUGACCCAGCAUUCACCAGAUACCCACACUUGCAUAUUCACACAUACACACCAUUACACUCACCUACAACACUCACUUAUCCAUGUGUGUAUACAUAUGUUGUUACUGGGCCAUAAUAGAGUAGGGAUCCGACAGAAAUUCUUAUAUUCUGUUUUAUUAUUAUUAUUGUUAUUAUUAUUAUUUUGACUGCCAAGUCCAGGUCCUGGAAUUCCUCAUAUAAAAAAAAUCACUGUAUCAAUGCUCUCUUAGAAAAAGGUUUUAUUUAUGAUUGUUUACAAAAUGGUAGGCAAAGACUUGUCAUAUAUUAUUUUUGUAUGAUAGAUUUAGAUUCAUUAUUAAGAGAUAUUUAUCACUAUACAUUUGUCAUCUCAGAUGUUAUAAUGUGUUGGAAGAAGAGAUAUAUGUGGAUUUAAAGUAUAUUUUGAGAUAUUUUAUAGAUAUAGAUUUAAAGGACUGAAAUAUGAUUUAUUGGAUGUAGUGGAAAUGCUUGUGGCUGAUGUAUACUCAUAUUUCCUUGCACAGAAAUAGCACUGACCUCCUCCUCUGUGGCUUUCACUCUGUAUUUGGUUGAGCUAAACUGCUCUAGAAACCUACCAUUCUGUGGAGAUCAGGCUGGCAUAUUAAUUGAGCCUGAACUGUUAUUAAUGAGGGAAAUUUCUGUUCUUCUUCUGAUGUUAUAACCUCAUCUGAAAAAUCAGAUCAGAUUUCUAGUUAGUUUAACCCUUGAUAAUAAUGUUUCAUAAUUGUUGCCAUAAGAUGUUGCAAGCAUUCCAGUUGUGAAGUCCAGCACUAAUUACCUAGAUGUUUUGCACCUUCUCUCUAGCAUGUCUGGAAUGUAAUGGUUGGUAGUUGUUGGAAAGAUUUUUUUUUUUUUUUCAAUUAUGGAACAAACAAUUAUCCCAUUGGAAACUGUAUCCCACUGGAAACUGUAUCACUGUAUAUUUUACUGUUGAACAGUUUUCUCCAAAGUAAAUUAUUAAAUAAGAUUCCCCUAUUGAA